CGCGAGCUCGACAUCAUCAACCUCACUCAUAUCGUCCACCAAAACACGACGAUACGCACGAUAACAACGAUGCGUCUCUCUAUUGCUGCGCUGGCAGCUACAGUAUCAUGCGCUGCGGCAUUCAAGGAUACGAGUCCGUUUGUGAUGUUCUCUGAUUCUGAAUUACCCCAAAACCUCAACACCCUCCAACUCCAAACCUCAUCCUCCAUCCUCGCCUCCGCGAAAUCACAUCUCUCCACCUGCCCCUCGCAAAUCUACUACAUCCUCACACAGCCCUCACUCCUCGCUUCCGAGCUCAAAACACAGGCACCACAUCUCAAGAAUGCGGUCGGACAUGAAUCUGUGAAGGGAAGGCUGGCGGUUAAUGAGGUAGUCGGGUUGAAGGCUGGGGAUGCAGAGGAGUUGAUUAGCGUAUUGGAGAAGAAGUGUGGUGCUGUUGUGGGAAGUGAAGCGCGAGAGGGGAAGAGUGUGGUUGUUAGGAGGGAGUGGAAGGGUAUUGAGGGGGAGAAGGAGGAGAGGAGGAGGAUGGUGGAGGAUUUUGAUUCAACGCUCUACCCCCUCUUUCAAAGCCUCUCCACCGGCCCAAAAUACACAGUCAUCCUCCUCACAACACCAGCGACCAACAUCUCCCCAUCUCAACCCAAAUCCAACGAGCUCGAAAACGAUAUCGUUUAUGAGCCUAAGUUCAUGGAGCCGCUGCAUAUGGAUCUCAAGAGGGAUAUCUAUGCUCGCGAGAGGAACGAGUCGGGUAUUGUGGAUCGGAGGCCGUUGUUUGAGAAGUAUAACUUUUUGUCGCCUGGUCUCUUCAUGGGUCUCCUAGUAUCCCUCCUCCUCCUCGCCAUCCUAAGCGUAGGAAUUGGUGCUAUCUCCAGCUUAGAAGUCUCGUACGGUGCAUUUGACAAGGAGAUGGGUCCUGCGGCUCAACUGAAGAAUAAGCAAUAGACUGUAUGUUUUGCUUUGUUUCUGUGUUUUUUUGUUGGGACCACCGAUGGGGCUUGGUUCUGGAAAUGCUUCGAUGACGUGAGAGCAUCGAGAGGAUGAGGGGUGCAUGAAGAAGAGAAUGAUUGACAUGGUGGACGGAGGAAGAAGACUGUCUUGAUAGUAUGUAUAGAGUAUGCAUGGAUGCAAUGAAUGCUU